AUGCCAUUUAAGAAGUUGGAAGUACCCCGCGGAGGCUGCGUGCUGCUCCGUUUGCACAGCGAAAGCCGUUUCCCGUCCCGUGCGCUGCCGCCCCGAGAGUCGCUCUCAGUUUUGUCAAAGCAACGUGCUUCGCAAGUCCUGGUUAGGAAACGUCGUGCGAAUUCUUUGUUUGAAGAAACCAAAAAGGGGAAUCUUGAAAGAGAAUGCAUUGAAGAGCUGUGUAACAAAGAGGAAGCCAGGGAGGUCUUUGAGAACAACCUGGAAACAGAUUACUUUUAUCCGAAAUACCUAGCUUGUCUUGGCUCUUUCCGAGCUGGAGUAUUUACUGCUGCACGUCUGUCCACCAACGCUUACCCAGACCUAAGGAGCUGCAUCACUGCUAUUCCAGACCAAUGUGAUCCUCUACCAUGCAACAAAGACGGGUACAUGAGCUGCAAAGAUGGCCAAGCUGCGUUCACCUGCGUCUGUAAGCCAGGCUGGCAAGGAGAGAGGUGUGAAUUCGAUAUAAAUGAAUGCAAAGAUCCCUUGAAUGUAAAUGGAGGCUGCAGCCAGAUUUGUGACAAUACACCUGGAAGCUACCAUUGUUCCUGCAGAAGUGGUUUUGAUUUGCUUUCAAAUAAAAAAGACUGUAGAGAUGUGGACGAAUGUGCUAGGAAGCCAAAUGUUUGUGGCAAAGCCGUGUGCAAGAACACGCCAGGAGACUACGUGUGUGAGUGCCCUGCGGGCUACAGAUACAACCCCGAGACAGGGGCCUGUGCAGAUGUAGACGAGUGCUCGGAGAACACGUGCGCCCAGCUUUGCGUGAAUUACCCCGGGGGCUAUUCUUGUCACUGUGAUGGGAGAAAAGGACACAAACUCGCGCAGGACCAGAAGAGCUGCGAGGUUAUUCCAGUGUGUCUUCCUUUGAACCUUGACAAAAAUUAUGAGUUACUUUACUUGGCAGAGCAGUUUGCAGGGGUUGUUUUAUAUUUAAAAUUUAAUUUGCCAGAAACUAUCAGGUUCUCUGCUAGGUUUGAUUUCCGGACGUACGACGCGGAGGGGGUCAUCCUGUGCGCGGAGUCCCUCGACCACUCCUCCUGGCUCCUGAUCGCCCUUCGGGACGGAAAGCUUGAAAUUCAGCUCAAGAAUGAGUUUACAAGCCAGAUCACGUCUGGAGGCACUGCCAUCAAUAACGGAGUGUGGAAUAUGGUGUCUGUGGAAGAAUUAAAAGAUAGAAUUAGUAUUAAAAUAGCUAAAGAAGCUGUCAUGAAUAUAAAUAAACCUGCGAACCUUUUUAAAUCUACCAAUGGAUUUGUGGAAACCAAAAUAUACUUCUCAGGAUUACCUCGGAAAGUGGCAAAUGCGCUCCUUAGACCGAUCAACCCUCGUCUGGAUGGGUGCAUACGAAGCUGGAAUUUGAUGAACCAAGGAACUCUGGGAGCCAAGGAAAUUAUUCAAGAAAAACAAAAUAAGCACUGCCUUGUCACCGUGGAGAAGGGCUCCUAUUACCCCGGAUCUGGAGUUGCUCAGUUUAGCAUAGAUUAUAAUAACAAAACUCACGCCGAGGGUUGGCAAAUCAAUCUGAUCUUGAAUAUUCGCCCAUCUGAGGGCACAGGGGUUAUGUUUGCCUUGGUUUUGGAUGAUACAGUGCCUUUUGCUAUGUCACUGGUGGACUCCACCUCUAGAAGUUCUCAGGAUAUUAUAGUGUCUAUUGAAAAUAAAGUAGUAAGUCGCAUAGAGGCCGUCGAUCUGUGUUCCAGGCAACAAUCCCAAGUGGUCCUCGGUGUCGACAGAAAGAAUCUGGCGCUGUGGACUCCGCUUAAAGAAGAUACCAUUUACUCUGAAGACCUUCAAAGGCAGCUUGCAGUCUUGGAUGAAGCGAUGAAAGGAACAGUGACCACUUACCUAGGUGGCCUUCCAGACCUUCCCUUCACUGCUGCGCCCGUGAACGCCUUCUAUCACGGCUGCAUGGAGGCGACCGUCAACGGUGAGCUGCUGGACCUGGACGAAGCCCUCCACAAGCACGACGACAUUCGAGCUCACUCGUGUCCAUCCAUUUGGAACAGCACAAAAAGUCCCUAAGGCAUCUUGUUUAUCUGCUGAUAAUGCCUCUUUUCAGAGUGGAUGAUACCUGUGUUUCUAUGACAGCUGGAUGGGUUUAUUGAUGAUAUGAAGUCCUUGAUCAUUUUGUGCUACUUUGAGCUUCUUGGAAUUUUUCAAAGCUCUUUUUAAGAAAAAAUUCUGCUAUAAUAUUAAAAAAUUCUUUCUGAUGUGGCCAUCUAGAAAUUAAAUAAGGAAA